AUGAGAGCGGGUGGUUUUUUUCUCCAUUGCUUAGAAGAACCAGCACGUACUGGGCACCCCGGGGCGCUGCAGGGCACAUUAUUCAGCUCACCUCCGCACCCCAAUCUACACCAUCGGAGUCCCCGCCGGACGCUGAGGGGCCGAAUAAGUUCAGUAACUCGCUCCGGCUCACCUAGGAAGUGGCGUGGCCGCCGAGGCCGGAGACCACCCAGCCCCUCCCUCCGCCCGCGUGGCCAAAGCAAGAAGUCGCCCGAGAAGGCGCCCCGCCCUCGGCAAACUUGCUCUCUCCUAAGCUGCCGCCCCCAGUCCCGCACGUCGGGAGGACAAGGGGGCGCCCAGUCCCACACCGGGUCUCCGCAGACGCCGCGAGGGCCGGAUUCGCGCCCCCACCCUGAGCGACGCAGCGGGGCGGCCCGCGGGCUUUCGGUCUUCGCGGCAGAUUCAGCCGAACGCCGCCACGCAAGGGCGGAGCGCCACCCGCCCGCCGGACAGUCCGGGGCCGCCGACGGAGCCUCGCGCUCGUGCGUCCCCUCGCGCUACCCGCGGCCCGAAACGCAGCCACAGACCUGCGGCCUCAGCCGUCCUCGCGCGCGGCUCCGGACCGGGAACGGGGGCAGCCGGCCGGCCGGCCGGCCGGGGUCGCAGAGGGCCGCGGGGGCGGGGCCGCACUACGGCCAGCAACGCGCCGCGGGGAAAGCUAAAACCCAGCAGCCGCGGAGGUUUGUCCCGGGAGCCGUCCGUCAGCACGGGCCACCUCCCCCUCUCGGGGCGCCCCGCCCCGUCUCGUGCGGCGCCGGCCGGAAGGAAGCGGCGCACUUCCGGCCGCCGGGCUGUAGUGUUGGCCGAGUUCCGCUCCGUUCCGCUGUGUCCCGCGGCUCCCGGCACCCCUCGAAGGACAUUGGACCCCCGUCACCGACCGAGGAGCCCGAGGCCACCUUCGCCUACGCAGACUCCCGCCACCCCCAGGCCAGAGCGAGCGGCGCUGCUCGGGGGAAGAGGGCCGGGAUGCGAAUAAGGGUGGCCUCAAGUCGAACCCCGGGUGGGGAGGGUGAGACGGGCUGGGGGCCGCGAAAAACUCUUUCUUGCGCCGGUGCCCUCCUGUCUCCUGUGCUGGUGGAUGUGGAGGGGUCAGUAAGGGCCCGGUGA